AUGAUUCGUACCGCCCUCUACCACGCCCCUCUAGUCCGCUCGCUAGUCACGCCCGCGCUCCGGCUCGCACACACCACCGCGCUGCGUCACCCCUCGCUCUCGCUCCUGCGCUUCACCCCCUCGAAUUCGCCCGCGCGCGACGCCCUCCAUACCCGCCAUUUCUCGUCGUCCCCGCAGCGGAGAGCGGAGGAGGACCCGGAGCGCAAUGCGCAGCUGCAGAACGUGUUCACGCAGCAGCAGAAGCUGCUGAAGCUCCUGCAGGAGAAGCCGGAGACGCUUGAGCACAUCAAGAAGUUCGUCGAGCAGCUGGAGAGCAACGGUAUCGACGUAUAUUCGGGAAAGCUGCCGGGCAAGAUGGACAUGCUUCGGCUGCUCAUGAACCCAGCCAUCCGGGAUAGUGCGACAAAGAUGGCGGCGGCUUUCCAAGAAGCGGGGAUUGACAUGUCGAAAGACAUGGUACAGUCACUCAUGACGGUGGACCUCAAGAAACAUCUCGGGGACAAGUAGCACAUCGCAAGGGACUACACAUCUGAUACGUUCUGCUCUCGCUAUCUGUUUGUUUAUUGUACUCGCA